CGUCAUCAAAAUGUCUGGUUUUCGGAGCCUGGGGGACGACGAAGUUGUGGAAUUCCAGUGUAAGUCCUCCGACAAGGGGCUGGAAGCCACGAUGGUUACUGGGCCGUCGGGCUCUGAAUGCCGGGGCUCACAUCGGAGACCCAUGAGCAAGAAGCGAUUCAGGAAAAUUCGGUGCUAUAACUGUGGGGAGUUUGCCAAUCACCUUGCAGCCAAAUGCUCAAUGGGGCCUCAGCCUAAAAGGUGCCAUUACUGUAAGAGUGAAGAUCACCUAAUAGCUGACUGUCCUCAGCGCCCUGAAAAGGGGCGAGGAGGACCAGAUGAUCCAGAUUCAGAAUUAGGGGAAACUAAAGUGUAGUGAUUCCCCGGAAUGGUGCUGUGAUCACAAAUACACCUGCCCUUUGCAUCAUGACAGUUGACAAGGAAGUGCAAGGGAUAAGUAUGUACUCUUGUGUUGCAUCAAGAAAGGCUGUGCCAAUUGUUAAAUGUUGGACAAUGCUAACAAAUAUAUACAGUACUGGAAAGCUGUUGUUGUUGCAGGUUAGAUUGUCAUCAGAUGAAUAGAAAAGCUAAAGACUUGUAUUUUUGUGGUUAUAAUCAGUAAUAUAUUGACCCCUCAAAAUACAGAAUUUCUAGUAAGAUUUUUCAUGCUCACAUGGGCACUAUUUUUAUUGGCUUAUCAAUUGUUGUGCAGUUAUACAUUUAAUUGUCUGUAUAAAUGGCAUUGAGCAGAUGCCUACCAACUUAUUUACCUGCCUACAGAAUUAAUUUGUGAAAAAUGUUGAUAUUAAAUUAUUUAGUUUUAGAUAAACACCUUCAAAUGCAGUAUAUCAUUUGUGAAAGCAAAAAUCUACUUUAUCGCACAUUGUUAUCUUAGGGACUGUGGAACCAUUCUUACAACUAUUUUGGGAUUAACGGAAUUUGCCUGCAUUUCUGAUAUAUGCGCUGCUUACAUUUUAUCAGUAAUGUUCCCCAAACUUAGAAAUUGUAGGAAACCUUGUUUAUUUAUUUUUUUUGUCAUUUUGUUUUAUCUUUCUUUUUGUAAGCAUAUUUCAGAGUGAAUGAAAUAAGUUGAACAAUCCAUUCUUUUUAGUUGUAAUUUUAUUGUCUGUAAACUCGCUUUUCAUUAUUUUAAUAAAGAUUGAAAAUAACUCGUGCUGGCAUGGAAAUUUAGUUGUUUCGUAUCGCAAGUGUUCGUAACUGCAUGUGAAUCCACAUAAGGUUUUGUAUUGCAUAAACUAAUUAGACUUCCCACACUAGGCAGGUCAGACAACAGCUGUGCUCUACCUGCUAACUCAGCUAAUGUUAGGUUCUCCAUAAUCAAGGUGGAAGAUAUUAAUUUCUUUACUUCAUUACUUCCAUUUAGAAAUGGUAUAUAUGCAAAGAAAAUAACAAAUCCAGCAAUAUUUUUAGUAUAAAUCCUAUAUUUGUAUUUUUGUAAGUGCUUGAUUUUUCAUAUCACCAUCAUAUACUUCAGAUAGUUUUAAUAUACUACAUAUAUUUUAAGUAUAAAUACAGUUGUCAAACUAGAAAGAUAUAAUACCUUCAUACAAUACUAUAUUAUUCAUAUAAAAUAAAUUAAUUUUUGUGCUAUUCCAUCUACAUUGUUUCAGAUAAUUCAGAAAAAGACUGAGCAAAAGUUUUAGAACAAUAAAAAAAAUUAUUACCUGAUCUCUAAAAUUUAUAUGGCAAACCCUAUUGUCCCAAAGUAUUUAACCAUGGCAUGGAGAUUGCAUGACAUUUGCACCAUCUGGCAUAUUAGGGUUGAAGCCAAAUCCUGAAAUUAACAAUUUUGGUUUGUAAUGCAGUGAAAAUGUGGCUUUUUGUUAGAGCAUU